ACACGGGAUGCGAAAACCUGGGGUAUGUCCAAGCAACGCGCUGUUCUAACGCGGCGGUUUGACGAGGGGAGAGCCAGGCUGCGUGAACAAACACGGAGCCCCAGUGCCCGGGGCUGAAGCUCUGGGGCUUUUUGUCCUGAUCGAAACUUACUGCAAAGGCGCCCCACGCACAGCUCGCAAACCGCCGCCCGGCGCGGGCCCGUCCCGCCACCGCGCUGAGGCGCUGCCUGGCGGAAGGGGCGGUGACGGCGGCGCUCCCGCCCCCGCGCCCGCCCCCGGCCCCGGCGGAGCGGGUGGGCGAUGGCGGCGGCGCCGGAGCUGCGGGAGGCCUUGGCGCAGCGGCUGCGGGAGCUGGGCAUCGCCGCCGUCACCGCCGAGCACCCCCAGGUGUUCACUGUUGAAGAAAUGAUGCCCCAUGUCCAACAUAUGAAAGGUGGUCACAGUAAAAACCUGUUUCUUAAAGACAAAAAGAAGAAAGGAUUUUGGCUGGUGACUGUUUUGCACAACAGGCAAGUCAAUUUAAAUGAUCUUGCUAAAAAACUGGGUGUCGGAAGUGGAAACCUACGAUUUGCCGAUGAAAACGCCAUGCUGGAAAAGCUAAAAGUGGGCCAGGGCUGUGCAACACCCCUGGCCCUCUUCUGUGACCAGGGAGACGUGAGGUUUGUGCUGGAUGCUGGCUUUCUGGAAGGUGGCCAUGAAAAGGUGUACUUUCAUCCAAUGACAAAUUCUGCAACCAUGGGCUUAAGCCCCGACGACUUCUUGAAGUUCGUGAGAUCAACAGGCCAUGAUCCCAUCAUCAUACAUUUUGAUGAAGACAUUAAGUAGACAAAAUUUACUCUUCUAGUACUAGGCAUAGAUUUUCUAGAGCAAAACUGGUGAAAAGUCUCAUUACAAAUAAAAUUUGGUAAAAAAAGGCUUACUCCUUUAUUUUUUCAAUUGUGCAAGUUUAUAUUGUAUAAUCUGGUGAGAAAAAAAAAAUACUGUCUUCAGGUUAUUAAAAGUUUAACAGAAUAUUCUUAAAAAGACAAGACACGUUUGCAAUCUACCAUUAAGUAACCAAUAAGUAGAAAAAGCAUUACUUGAAUAAUAUUAUACUGUUUAUUAAUAAAACGGUUAAAACCGGAACUUUCCAUGUGUGGUACUGGCCUUGAAGGUUUAAACUUAACAUCAUUAAGAAAUAACAAAUUAACUUAAAAGUUAUAAAAUACUUGUCAAUACACACAGGACAGAGAUGUCUAAAUCGUGUACCUUACCCAUUUAUCCCCUACUACACAUUGCUUUAUUAUUUUUACCUAGAAAAAAACCCAACUUAGCUACCCUACAGAAAACGCAUUUGAUUGUCUAGGUUUUUAGUUGCAUUUUCACUUUCACGGUAUCUUCCCCUUGGUGAAAUAAUUAACCCUUCCGGUAACAGGCCUGUGUGGAGCCGUGUCCCUGGAGCCCCUCCCCAUCGCCAGCAAAAUGCGAGGGAGGGCAGGGGGAGAGCCCAGUACCUACCUGCCUCCCUCCCGGCAGAAUAGCUCCAGGGAACAGUGUCACUGCAUGUUCCUCAAAGUUCCUCCCAGGCAUCACCUGCUAAUAAACCUGGAACUGUAUUAACUUUU